AUGAAUUCAUUUAAUAGUGACAACUUGCUUUAAGAGUUAGUAAAUGACAUAUAAAACAAAUAAUGCUUUGAUUGCGGUGCUUAUGAAAAUACUUAAACAUCUUUGAAUAAUGGAAUUUUCUUGUGCUUGAAAUGCAGUUAACUUCAUAGAGGAUUUGGAAUAAAAAUAUCAUAAAUAAAAUCAAUAGAAACAGAUGAAUGGAACGAAUAUAGUUUGAGCUUUUUAAAAUUAGGAGGAAAUUAAUAAUUUAAAUAAUUCUUGGAUAGUUACUAAUUUCCUCCUGAAGUGACUAUUUUUUAGAAAUAUAGAUCAGUUGCUGCCGUUUUUUAUAGAAAGAAUCUAAAGCAUAAAGUGGAAAAUGUAGGCGAAACAUUUAACGAAGAACCUCCUUCUCCAGAAGAAGGUAUUAAAAUACUAGACUUGAUGCAAUUUUAAGAGAUAUAACCAGUUUUAGAUCCAAGGGAAAUUCUACUUCAGCAAGAUUAAGAUGAUAUGGAAAAAGUUAAAAACUUUUUCGUGAGUGCUUUCAGCAAAGCAGAAGAAGGAGUAAAAAAUAUUUCUAAGAAAAUUGAAGAGACUGAUUUUAAAAAAGAAAUAAAAGAACUUGGGACAAAGGUUAGUGAAAAGUCGUCAUAGUUUUCAUAAAGUGUUUAGGAAAACGUGAAAAUAGCAGCAGAAAAAUCCAAAGUAGCAGCUGAAAAAACUAAAGUUGUGGCAAAUCAAACAUUUAGUGAAAUAUCAGAGAAAUCAAAAGUUACAUAUGAAAAGGCCAAAGAAGCUACUUCAGAAGGAAUAGAUUCUCUUAAAAAGAAUCUAACUAGUGCUUGGAUGUUUUUGAAGAAAAAGGCUUCUAAAAAUGAAGAUGGUUAAUAAAAAAGUAAUAAUCUAAAUGCUGAUGACGAUAAGCUUACUAUGGAUGAAAAAUAUGAGAAACAAUGA